AUGUAUAUCAGGCGUAAAGAGGAUGGUUAUGUUUCUACGGAAUUUAUCAAGGGUGUUGAGAAGUUUGUUAAUUUUGCUAAGAGUCAACUAGAGUGGAUGGAUGGGAAUAAGAUUAAAUGUCCUUGUAAUCAACCAAAGUGUAGGAACACGGCUUUUCGUGACCAGGAUACCGUGACAAGUCACUUGCUCACCAAAGGUUUCGUACCGGGGUAUUAUGAAUGGACACUUCAUGGGGAAGUUAUUGUUACGGUAGAUUCGAUCGAUAUGUCUUACUCAGCAUCAACACUUGAAGCAGAGUCAAGCAACUUAUUUGAGACUAUGGUAAUGGAUGUUGUCGGGCCUGAUUUCAAUCCGAAUAUGGAGGAGGAACCUCCAAAUCCGGAAGCUCAAGCAUUCUAUGACAUGCUUAGUGCUGCAAAAAAAGAGUUAUAUCCUGGUUGUCAAAAGCAUACGCAGUUGUCGCUUAUUUCUAGAUUGCUUAGCUUUAAGUCAGAACACCAUCUAUCUGAGAGGGGAUUUAAUCAACUUUGUGAAUUACUUAAGGAGGUUCUUCCUGAACCUAAUACGGUGAUUGAUAAUUUUUACAGUACUAAAAAACUGGUUCGAGGGUUGGGCCUUCCUGUUGAGAAAAUUGAUUGUUGUAGAAAUAACUGUAUGAUUUUUUGGGGUGAUGACAGUGAUUUAACAGUCUGUAAGUUUUGUCAUGAGAAUCGGUACAAGCAAGUUGAUCAAGCUGACAGUAGCAAACGACAAAAAACUUGUAUUCCUUAUAAGAAGAUGCAUUAUUUUCCUUUAACUCCUCAGCUUUUGAGAUUGUAUGCAUCCAAUUCAACAGCAGCAGAAAUGAGGUGGCACGCAGAUCAUGUGGUCGAAGAUGGCGUCAUGCGUCAUCCGUCGGAUUCCCCUGCGUGGAUUCAUUUUAACCAGACUCAUAAGGAAUUUGCUGCCGAGAAAAGGAAUGUCAAACUUGGUCUUUGUACUGAUGGGUUUCAGCGGUUUGGUCAAUCUGGGAAGCAAUAUUCUUGUUGGCCUGUCAUUGUUACGGUGUAUAAUUUACCACCCUGGAUGUGUAUGAAGGAUACAACAAUGUUCUUAAUAGUGCUAGUGCCAGGACCAGAGAAUCCUAAGGCAAAACUUGAUGUUUUCUUACAACCCCUUAUUGCAGAGUUGAAACAUUUGUGGGAUGUUGGUGUGCAUGCAUAUGAUAUCUCAUUGAAACAAAAUUUCCAACUGAGAGCGGCUUUGAUGUGGACCAUUAGUGAUUUUCCUGCAUAUUCAAUGCUCUCGGGGUAUAGCACGGCAGGAAAGCUGGCAUGUCCUUAUUGCACGAUUCACUCGGACGCAUUUUACCUGUCAAAGAGUCGAAAGAUUUCAUGGUUUGAUAACCAUCGAAAAUUCUUGCACCGAGAUCAUCCGUAUCGACGGAAUAGGUAUGGAUUUCGCAAAAAUACUUUGGUAAAAAAAACACCACCUCCUGUACUGUCUAGACCUGAGAUACUUGCUUCCUUGGACAAGUUGGGUUUAGUGAAGGCGACACAACCCAAUGCUGCACAGACUAAUGCGGAUAACAGUCAUGGUAGUGGUUGGAAGAAGAAAAACGUGUUCGAAAAUGUGUUCAAUACAGUGAUGAAUGUACCGGGCAAAACUAAGGACACAGUGAAGUCGAGAGAAGAGUUGAAUCAAUAUUGUCGCCGCAUUACUCAAUCAACUUUUACUCUGAACAAGAAAGAAAAAGCUGUCAUGUGUGCGUGGGUAAAAAAUUUAAAAUUUCCUGAUGGGUAUGUGUCGAACAUGGCUAGAUGUGUUGACACAAAGAAGCUUAAGUUGUUUGGGAUGAAAAGUCACGAUUGUCAUGUGUUCAUGCAAAGGUUGGUGCCCAUUGCAUUUCGAGAAUUACUACCACAAAAAGUAUGGGAGACAUUGACUGAGUUGAGUCUUUUCUUCAAAGAUUUGACAUCGACCACUAUUAAAAGUGAGCAUAUGAUGAAAUUAGAGAACGACAUCCCCAUCACUUUGUGUAAGUUAGAGCUCAUAUUCCCUCCAAGUUUCUUUGACUCUAUGGAGCAUCUUCCAGUCCAUUUGGCUUAUGAAGCAAGGAUAGCAAGUCCAGUUCAAUAUCGAUGGAUGUAUCCGUUUGAAAGAUACCUUGGAAAGUUAAAGAAAACAGUUAGAAAUAAAGCUCGAGUGGAAGGCUCUAUUUUUAAUUCAUACGUUGUGGAAGAAGCGUCAUUGUUGUGUUCUCAUUACUUUGAGGACCAUGUUGUUACAAGGCAUACACGAGUGCCGCGCAACGAUGCUGGUGUUGUAAAUGAAGGGGAUGACCAGGAGGGGAAGUUAUCAAUUUUCAAGCAUUCUUGUCGACCAUUUGGAUGUAAAAAGUCACGAAUGUUAUUCGGUGAAGAAUAUGAUGUUGCACAUAGAUAUAUUUUGAUGAAUUGUCCAGAAGUUGAACCGUAUCUGCAAAUUUAUGAUGCUGAGCUAAGGCAACGUAAUCUCGGCAUUGGCGACCACAUCAUUGAACAAUUAACAAAUAAGGAAUUCCCUUCUUGGUUCCAUAAUUAUGUUCGCGAUCCUACGAACAAUGUGACAAAUUCAUACAUAAGGGAUCUCGCAAAAGGACCUUUUAACAUUGUUACAACAUACCCUGGCUGCUUUGUUAAUGGAUUUAAAUUUCACACGAUUAGCCAUGGUUCGAAUAAAGGCACUAUGAAUAGUGGCAUGUGCGUUAAAGGAUCCAACUACGAUGAUCCCGAGAAGGACUAUUAUGGUCGGAUAACAGAGAUUAUCGAGCUUGAGUAUCCUUCAGUAUCGUCAUUCAAGAAAGUUGUAUUGUUCAAGGGUGAUUGGUUUAUUCCAACUUUGAACGAGGGGGUGAAGAUUCAUCAUGCAUAUAAGAUCGUCGAGGUCAAUGAAAAGAAGAAAUGGAAUACAAACGAGCAAUUUGUAUUAGCUUCUCAAGCGAUUCAAGUAUAUUUUUGCGAAUAUCCAAGCUUGAGACGUAACAAAAGCGAUUGGUUGGUUGUAACAAAAGUCAAACCAAGGUUCAUAGUAGAGGUUCCACAAUCUUUUAAUAAUCAAGAGGUGACCCUUCCACGUGAAGCGUUGCCUUACCAAGAGGAUGACGUGGAACUACACGAUAUCGCAGUUGAUGAUGCCCAAAUCCUUGAGACAGUGAAUGAUGGUGACCACGCUGAUUUAAAUGAUGAGCCAGUUAUGGAAUCAGAAUUUGAUGAAGCUCCAGAGUUGAAUGAUGAGCAAAUUUUAAGAUCUGAUUUUGAAGAUAAGUCUGAAUCGUAUGAUGAGCAAGUCUUGCGAUCAGACUCUGAAUAUGACUCUGAAUCAGAUGAUGAACAAGUUCUUCAAUUAGAUUCUGAUGACGACUUAGAAUCUAAUGACACAGAUGUAGACUUAUAUGAUAGUGAUUAG